AUACACUACACACUUACUCGAUCAGCAAUUCAACUAGUGUAAUUCUUUAGAGAAAGGACAUGCUGUGAGACAACACGGUAGGGAGUCUGUGUGGCGGCCAUCAGCUCUAGAAUGUCAAACAUUUAUACAAUAAGAGCUAUUCUCUGUGGUCAGUGGUCAUCUAGUGAAAGACUAGAUGGCAAAACAGUUAUCAUUACUGGAGCCAAUGCUGGCAUUGGCAAAGAGACAGCAAUGGACCUGGCAAAGAGAGGGGGCAGGAUAAUCUUGGCCUGCAGAGACUUGGGCAGAGCUGAGGCGGCACAGAGAGAGAUCAUUGAGAACUCUGGAAACCCCAACAUUGUGGCCAGAAAGAUGGAUUUGUCCGACACAAAGUCCAUUCGAGAAUUUGCAGAGUUAAUCAACAGGGAGGAGAAACAAGUGAACAUUCUUAUCAACAAUGCUGGGAUCAUGAUGUGUCCAUACUCUAAGACCGCAGAUGGCUUUGAGAUGCAGUUUGGAGUGAACCAUUUGGGUCACUUCCUGCUCACCUUCCUGCUGAUUGAUCUGAUAAAGAGAUCCAGACCAGCCAGAAUCAUCAACCUGUCCUCCAUGGCUCACAAAUGGGGUAGGAUCCAGCUAGAGGACAUCAACAGUGAGAGGAGCUACCACUCCAGAAGAGCAUAUGGACAGAGCAAAUUAGCCAACAUCCUGAGUAUACGGUCCCUGGCCAAGAGACUAAAAGACACUGGAGUGACAGUUUAUGCAGUCCACCCAGGUAUAGUGAGGACUGAGCUGAAGAGACACAUGAAUUUAGCACUGCUGAUAUCCUGGAAGAUUGUCAGACCUUUCACCAAAACUAUUGUACAAGGUGCCCAGACCUCCAUCUACUGUGCUGUGGAGCCUGAGCUGGAGCCAGAGAGCGGUGGAUAUUACAGUGACUGUAAACCCUCCAGCUGUACCAGGGCUGCCAGGGAUGAUGAGAUGGCUCAGAAACUAUGGGAACUCAGCUGCCAAAUGGUUGGGAUAACAUGGGACUGAACAUCAUCCUUGAAUAUCAUUAUAGAUAGGCUAGAAUAUGUCAAUUGUUUGAAAAGUGCAUGCCUUGAAUGCUUACACAGUAGGUUAUACUAUGGUAUCUAUAGUUAUACUAUUGUUAUGCUAUGCAUACUAUGAAUAUGAAUGCUGUAUACGCAGAGCUUGACUUGGGAUGAAAUUGGGAUGACUAUGUACACAGAUAUUCCCAAAUGGCAUUAGCCUUCAGUGUUAAGGGUUCAUACUCAGUUUGACAGUUGGAAUUUCAUGACUUUUCUGUUACUUUUAACCAAAUUUCCAUAACCAAUAAUUGGUGGCAUCUCUAUGUAGCCUACAUGGAAAAAGUCAGCAUAAAUGUGGUAUUGACACUAGAAGGCUGCUGGUCUCCGAUCACAUGUAGGCCUACUAGCUCCUGUCAAGGCACUUAACCCCCCACAAAGUAGAAUAACUGCACUGUUAAGCUACUGUAUAAAACACAUGUGGUCAACCUUCCAUCACCUGUCCUCCAUGGCUCACAAAUGGGGUAGUAUCCAGCUAGAGGACAUCAACAGUGAGAGGAGCUACCACUCCAGAAGAGCAUUUGGACAGAGCAAAUUAGCCAACAUUCUCCAUCUGGAGAGCAACUGGGUGUGCAGGCUUUGAUCCAGCCCUGAAACACACCCGAGUCUGCUUAUCAAGGUCCUGUUGAGCAGCUGAUGUUUAAGCUACAAUCCCACUGGACACAGACGUCAAUUCAACAUCAAUCAACAUCAUUUAAUUGAAAUGACGUGGAAACAACGUUGAUUCAAGUGUGUGCCCAGUGGGAAUGUGGUGUGUUAAAGUGAGGCUCGAACAAAAGCCUGCACAAGACAUUAAAACCUCUACAGGAUCGGUGUCCCC